AUGUUCGAGUAUGAAAAAAAUUGUACAUUAUUAGUCCCAGCAAUUGUUGGUUCAAAUGCACCAACCAGUUCAGAAUUACAGAAAAGAUUGGAAGAUCCAAGUGAUCAUGAAAAGUGUAAAGCUUUAAGAGAAUUAAUAAUAUGGAUGACUCAUGGAGAGUCCUAUAAUAGAUUGUUAAUGACAGUUAUAAGAUAUGUUGUACAAAGUACAAAUCAUAAGGUUAAAAAAUAUUUGCAACUUUAUUGGGAAAUUGUGGAAAAAUGUAAUAGUGAUGGAUCACUUAAAGAAGAGAUGAUACUUGUUUGUAAUGCGUUAAGAAAUGAUCUACAACAUCCAAAUGAAUACAUUAGAGGGUCUACUUUACGUCUAUUAUGUAAUUUAAGAUUUAUUAAAUUAAUUCAACCAUUAAUAGAAUCAAUAUUGGAAAAUUUACAACAUAGACACUCUUAUGUAAGGAGAAAUGCUGUAAUGUGUAUAUAUUCUAUUAUUAAAACAUUUGGAAUUGAUAUUAUUCCUAAUGCUGCUGAUGAAGUUGAGAAAUUAUUAUUAAUAGAAGGAGAUAUUUCAACAAAAAGAAAUGCAUUUCUUGUUUUAACAUAUUGUGAUGUUGAAAGAUCUUUAAGAUAUAUUUUAUCUAUUCAAGAGAAUGUAACAUAUAUGGGAGAUGUUAUUCAAAUGGUAUUAUUAGAAUUAUUAGGAAAAAAUUAUAAAGAUCAUCCAAAUUAUAGGAAUAAUCUUGUUCAAAUUAUUAUUAAUAUUACUCAAUCAGGAUCUUCAGCAGUAUCUUUUGAAGGAGCUAAUACAUUAAUUAAAAUUGGAAAUUCUACACCAAAUAGUACUAUUAAGAUUGCUUUACAAGCUUAUAUCAAUUUAUUAUUAACUCAUUCAGAUAAUAAUGUUCGUUAUAUUGUAUUAAAUAAGAUUUCUAAAAUAACUUGUAUUACUUCAGCUUUAUAUAUUCUACAGAAAUGUUUUGUUAAAGAUAUUUUAAGGGUAUUAUUAUGUUCAAAUUGUUAUUCUUUACAAAUUAAAGUGAUUCAAAUAAUGUUAACAUCAUUAUUGACUAAGAAUAACUGUUUGGAUAUUUUUCAGUUUCUAUUAAAACAUUUACAGGAUAUUUCAAUACAAAGUCAUAAUAAAUUUAAUAGUAAUAUUAAUAAUAAAAAUAACAAUAAUAAUAAUAUUAAUAAUAAUAAUAAUAAUGAUAGCACUAAUAGUAUUAACAAUGAUAAUAAUAAUAUCAAUAAUAAUAUCAUUCAUCAUCAUAUGGUUGGAUUUAAUGAUAAUGGAUACGGUCAUGAUUUUAAUCAUACAUAUAAUUUUACUUCAGAUAUUGAUUUUAAUUUUUAUAAUGAUGUUAGUUUUAGUAUUGGUGGAACUGGAGAAGUUUUUGGUGGAUUAAGGAAAAUGAAUUAUGGAGGAGGAAAAAUAUCAGAUUUUCAACAAUUUCAAAACUAUCAGUUAAUAUUAAUUAAAGCAUUACAUGAAAUUACUAGAAAAUAUCAUAAAAUUACUCUUAAACCUAUGAUUAAUGCAAUGAUGACAUUUUUAUCAAAUUCAAAUCCUAUAAUAGUAAAUGAAAUUACUCAAUUUCUAAGAGAAAUGGUUAUUAAUUAUUCAGAUUAUCAAAAUUUAAUUGUUAGUAAAUUAAUAUUACAUUUACCUUUUAUACAAUUUAGUAAACCAUUAAGAACAUGUUUAUGGAUUUUAAGUGAAUGUGAAUAUGAAAAUGAUCAGAAAAAGAUUAUUGAGAUUAUUAAUGUUAUUUAUAAUUCUUUAAAACCUUUACCUUUAAGUAAGAAUAAUCCUGGAAAUACUAAUAGAAGAAAUAUUCAAACUUUAAUAGAAAAUCCUAAUAAUGAUGAUAUUGAAUUUGAUCAUAAUGAUUUCUCUGAUGGAAAUUAUAAUAAAGUUAUUGAUGAUGAUGAUAAUAAUAAUAAUAAUAAUAAUAAUAAUAAUAAUAAUAAUUUAAUAACAGGAGUAGGAAAUACUACUUAUUCUUCAAAUGUUAUAACAAAAACAGUAAUAUUAGAAGAUGGAACAUAUGCAACACAAGAUGUAGAAUAUAAUACUAAUGGAUUUAGUCAUGAUCAUUCUAAUAUAAACAAUUUAAUUUCUUCAUCUUCUAAUCAUGAAAUAACUAAUAAUUUAAGAAAUAUUAUUAUUAGAGAUGAAGAUUUACUUUUAAUUGCAAGUAUUGGUGUUUCUUUAGUGAAAUUAAUAUGUUUUUCUUCUAUAAUUAAAUCUAAUAAUGAAGAAAACAAUAUAUUAAAUUUGGGAAUAACUGUUUAUAAUAAAGUAUUUCAUAUAAUUGUAUGUUUUUUAAGAUAUUGUAUAAAUGAUCAAAAAAGUGGAGGUAUUCAAAAUGAUACAACUCAUAGAUUAAGUCAUUGUUAUCUUUUACUCAAAUCAAUAUAUGGUGAUUUAGAACAAUUAAAAAAAAAUCAAGGAGAAAUAGGGGAAGAAAGAGAAAAUUUUAAAUCUCAGAAUUAUAUUAGAUUAAGUGAAAAUACAUUACUAUUAAGAAAAAAAUUAUUUCCAAAAUUACAAAAAAUUAAAAAAAAUGAAGAUGAAUUUGUAAGAGAAAUGAAAUUAAGAGAUUUUUGUAUUGAAAAUAGACAUAAUUCUAAUAAUAAUAUUUUCAAAAAAUAUCCCUAUAAUUUGGUUAAUUUUAGACAACUUAGAGAAAAAGUAUUUUCAAAUAAUAUGGAUAUAACACAAAUAAAUGAUGAUGAUGAUGAAUUUGAAUGUCUUGAUAGUAAUAUGGAUAACUUGAAAAUUAGAAAUGGAAAAUUAAAAGUAGAAAAAUCAACAAAAAUGGAUCAAUCAGCAUCAAAAAGAAUAUAUCCAAUAACAGGUUUAAGUGAUCCAAUAUAUAUAGAAGCAAUACUUCAAGUACAACAUCAAGAUGUUUUAUUAGAACUUAUAGUAACAAAUCAAAGUUAUAAAGCAGUUCAGAAUGUACAAAUAGAAUUAUAUCCUUAUGGAAAUUUAAGAGUAAUAGAGAAACCUCAAAAUAUUAAUCAUUUAGAUCCUGGUAAUACUAUACAUGUUUAUUCUAUUGCACAAGUAAAAUCUAUUGAAACAGGAAUAUUGUUUGGUUUUGUUACAUUUCAAACAAAAAAUUCACAAAAUGAUGGAGGAAUUACAACAGGAAUGUCAGGAGGAGGAGGAUCAUCUUUUUCUUCUUCUUCUUCUUUAUCUAUUUCUUCCUCACAAUUAUUAGGUUUGAAUGAUAUUGUGGUAUUAAAUGAGAUAAAUAUAGAAUUGAUUGAUUUUAUAACUAAUUCAAAUAUUCCUCCUCCUUUAUUCAGACAAUUAUGGUCAGAAUUUGAAUGGGAGAAUAAGAUUCCAAUACAUACAAGUUGUGAUUCUUUUAUACAAUUUUUGAAAUAUUUGAUUAAAGAAACAAAAUUGUCAUUAGUAGGAUGUAAUAAUAUUGAAAAUAUUAAUGGAGAAAAAAUUAUUACUAAUAGUAGUAAUAAUAAGAAUAAAAUGAAUAAUAAUAAUAAUAAUGAUAAUGAUAAUAUUAAUAAUAAUAAUGAAAGUACAAAUAAUCUAACAAUGAUGAAUGAAAAAUCGAGCUUCUUUGCUGCAAAUUUAUAUGCAAGAAGUAUUUUUGGAGAGGAUGCUCUUGUUAAUAUAAGUUUAGAAAAGCAAUUAUCAUCUAAUAAUCAAAAACAUGGUAGAGAAAAGGAAGCAAAAAUGAUGAUAUCUGGAACAGUUCGUAUAAGAAGUAGAACACAAGGUAUUGCUUUAUCUUUGGGUGAUCACAUAGUUUCUCUUCAAAGAAAAAUACCAAACGAUGAAGAUAUAAAAAAUUUCAAUAACACUAAUAAUAAUGAUAAUGAUAAUUACAAUGAUGAUGAGAACAGAAAAAUUUAUGUGGCAAAGAAGGCGGGAAAAAUGGGAGGAAAAGAAAAGUUCGUAAUUGAAAAUGAAAACAGUUAUGGUAGGCAUUCUCGUUUGUUGAAUAUAGAUUUUGGUGAGAUUUAUUAA